GCAGGUUAGUGAAAGCAGCAGCCACAGGAGGAGGAGGAGGAGGAAGAAGAAGUAAGCAGGAGGAGAAACUGGAACGAGAGAAACUGUGAGGCUGCAGUCAGGAGCGACACAGGCAGGGAGGUGGAGAUCCGGAGAGAAGAGAAGGUUUCCCCUCCUCACCUCACUGACACAUGAAAGAAGCCAUGCCGGUUCUCACAGCAGGAGCGGGACUGCAUGAAACGCUGGCCCUGCUGACCUCUCAGUUGCGGCCCGAUGCUAACCACAAAGAGGACAUGGUCUUCCUCAAAGACGUCUUCAGUGAGAGGAGCUUGGGAUACCUCAUGAAGAUUCACGAGAAGCUGCGACAGUACGAGAGGCAAAGCCCCACGCCGGUGCUCCACAGCGCCUCCUCUCUGGCUGAAAAUGUGGCAGAGGAGCUGCAGACUGGACCAAUGAGCACAGAGGAGAAGGAACUGCUGCACCUGCUGACGUCGCCACAUCUGAAGGCUGUCCUCUCAGUGCAUGACACCGUGGCCCAGAAGAACUUUGACCCCGUGCUCCCUCCGCUGCCCGAUGACUUCGAGGACGAGCUGGAUGAGGAGUCUGUGAAGAUUGUCAGACUGGUGAAGAACAAGGAGCCUCUGGGAGCAACGAUCAGACGGGACGAGGCAACAGGAGCAGUGAUCGURGCGCGGAUUAUGAGAGGAGGUGCUGCAGAUCGAAGCGGUUUGGUCCAUGUAGGAGAUGAACUCAGGGAAGUCAAUGGAGUUUCAGUGAUUCAUAAAAGACCCGACGAGAUCAGUCAGCUGUUGUCCCAGUCCCAGGGCUCCAUCACUCUAAAGAUAAUCCCAGCCAUCAAAGAGGAGGACAGACUGAGGGAGAGCAGGGUUUACAUGAGAGCCUUGUUUGACUACACUCCUCUGGAAGACAAGGCCACCCCCUGCCAGGAAGCRGGACUUCCCUUCAAACGGGGCGACAUCCUGCAGGUUGUGACGCAGGACGACCCCACGUGGUGGCAGGCCAAACGCGUGGGAGACAGCAACCUGCGGGCCGGACUCAUCCCGUCCAAACAGUUCCAGGAGAGGCUCUAUGCUGCACAUCCCUCCAGGCGGCUGGCCUACAGGAUGAAAAUGGGCACGCUACCCAACCCAAAAUCCCCUAAAAAGCCUGCUUCUGAAGGAUGCGACAAAGAGGACUGUGACUGUGAGGGCUAUUUCAAUGGACAGUACAUAGAAAGCCAGGCCAUGGUCUCUUCUAAGUGUAAAGCAGUGGCGCCCUCCUGUGGUCAGGUGUUUUCCUGGGAAUUUUAUUCAGCUGGUUUACGGAGAAGCUUCCGGCUGAGUCGUAAGGAUCGGCAGGGAUCGUCCGGAGAGGACUCGGAGAUCGGAGAGACGGACUUCCUGACCUAYGAGGAGGUGACCCGCUACCAGCACAGGUCUGGUGAGAGGCCGCGGCUGGUGGUUCUGAUCGGUUCGCUUGGGGCGCGAAUCAAUGAGCUGAAGCAGCGAGUGAUAGCUGAAAACCCACAUCGUUAUGCUGUAGCUGUUCCACAUACUACCAGGCCUAAGAAACCUCAUGAGAAGGAUGAAGUGGAGUAUCACUUUGUCACCAAACAGCAGUUUGAUGCAGACGCUUUAAACAACAAAUUCAUAGAGCAUGGAGAGUACAAGGAAAACCAGUACGGCACCAGUAUAGAGGCCAUCCGCUCUGUUCAAGCCAAGAAUAAGAUGUGUAUAGUUGAUGUGCAGCCUGAGGCGCUGAAGAGGCUACGAACUGGAGAGUUCAAGCCAUAUGUUAUAUUUGUCAAACCUCGGAUUCCCGAGAGCCGGCGUCGCCGCAGUGCAGCCACCUCACCAGGAGGGGGCGAACACGGGCGCCUUACGGAUGAAGACCUGCAGGAAAUGCGCCAGUCUGCCGUUCAGAUCGACCAGCAGUACGGACACCUGGUGGACCGCGUCCUCAUCAAGGAGGACUCGGCCAGUGCUUGCGCUGAACUGCGCGGCAUUUUGGAAAGAUUGGAGCGCGAUUCCUUCUGGGUGCCUCUGAGCUGGAUGCAGACCUAAACGCAAUACCCACAACCCCCUGAAGCAUCCAACCCUUGCACUGGUCUUCUCAUGAGCCGGUGCCUCUACACCCCCAGGCUGGUGGCCAGCCCAGAGUUUACUGACCGAGGGCCAUCUCAUUUACAGCAGCACCACAAGCAGACGAAGUCAAAGAAAUACCUCAGUUUUGCAGCAAGGCUGACCAUUUGAUUGCCUAACUUCCCAAAGUAAUAAAUAGUUUUGCAUGUUACAUUUAUGCAUAUUUGGUUUCAUAAUUACCAACUCUUUUUUAAAAUUGUGUGUAUCUUCAGAAGAAUUUCUACUUACUGAAUUCCCAUCCAAACAGAAGAAGAGAUCUCAGUUUUCCUGAAAGACAAAUAUCUCAAAUUAGAUCAUUUCCUUCUAAAAGUCGUCUUCUGCUAAAGUUUACAGCCUGUAGGAUGCUUUUAAUUUGCACAAGUUCAAGUUUGAACCUCUCAGACAUGUUAUUCCUCACACCGUUGAACUUUACAGCAACAUAUCAGCUUUUAGUAGCAUGAUUUUUUUUUCUACAGCUUUACUAAACAGCAGCUGCUGAAAAUGCUUCCAGUUUAUUCCUGCUGCUCAUGCAUCAUGUGCAGAACAAGAGCCUGUCGCACAAACCACUGCAGAAGAGAAAGACCUCUGACAAGUCAUGAUGCAGCUUAAUCACUGAGCUACUAAUUAACGAAAUAUCCAGAUGGAACGCGGGGAUAUUUUUCGCUGAGCUGGUUUUAGAAAAUGCAUGUCGACAGUUUACUUACUCUCAGAUGUAAAAACUGUAAAUGUUACUCCUGGUGUGCCAACGAACGAUGUCGUAGCACUUCAAUGCAACCUGUUUACCUUCGUCAUUUUGACUGUAAAAACAUUGUGCACACAUUUUCUGUGGAUGGAUGUUGCGGUGUGCGUGUCAACGUCGUCCCCGUUUUGCAAAUCGGAAUGGAUUUUGUACAGUUUCUUGAAUAUAUCUGUAUUUUUGGCUGAAGAACAGAUGUUUGAACUGAAGAACUUUUUAUGCAGAACGUCGGUGGACUUUGUUUUUGUUUUUUUCAGAGCUUAAACAACACAAUAGGACAAGAGGGGAGGAGUGUUUGUAGCAACUAUGAGCUUUUCUUUGGCAUGCCAGUACUAUAUUAAAACUUGAAAGAUCUGAACCAACUGACAACACAGAUCAGGAAUAAACACAUUUUGUGUUGAAUGUGAGCAUCAAACACUUUCCAGAUCAUAUUUGUUAACUUGUUUUUGUCACAUGCGACARAGUUUGAGYUGUGUGAACUAAACCGAGAAUGUUGACUUUGUAACCUGUCAUGUACAAAGUGCCAUAAUAAAGGAAGCUGACUCAAACUUUAA